CGACGUGCGCAAGGAGCUCUCCUUCUGCGCAAAGACGCAGCUCCGCGUCCUCGGCGUGGUCGAGAACAUGAGCGGCCUGGCCGUCCCGCUGCGCUCGCUCACGCUGCGCGACGCCGACGGCGCCGACGCGACCGGCCCGGCGCUCGCCCUGCUCGCCGAGCGGUGCCCCGAGCUGCUCGAGCUGUCGGCGCACGUGGACGUCUUCCCCGCCGCCCGAGGCGGCGCGGAGGCCAUGGCGGCCAGCUUCGGCGUCCCCUUCCUCGGCCGCGUGCCGAUCGAGCCGGCCCUCACGCGCGCGUGCGAGGCGGGCCGCCGCUCGCUGCCCGGCUCGCCUGACGUCGUGAGGCCGAUCGCUGACCGCAUCCUUGCGUCGACCGAGAUGGAGCGCGAGGCGGAGGAGGCGGCCGCCUCGAUGAUGGACGG